AUGUUUACACAAGUUGAGCAUGAGAUUCACAAGAAAAUUGAAAGAGAGCGCAACAUUAUCCAAGGAGCCUCGAAUUUAAAAAAAAGAACUAGCAAUAACAUGGUGAUACAAAAAUGUAACACGAAUAUCAGAGAAGCCCGCCAAAAUAUCCAGUAUUUGGAGGAAACCCUGGAAAAACUGCAACUGAGCAGCGAGCGAGAGCUGCAAACUGGCAGUAAUGACGUCAAUAAAAAGGAGUCUUAUGGGGUAAACGGCUCUGGUCAAGUAUCCACCUUAAGAAGCAGCGAGCAUGUCUUUUCACGAUUGGAUUUGGUUAAAUAUGACUGCCCCUCAUUAUCACAAAGAAUUCAAUAUCUUCUGCAGCAGCUUGAGUUCAAGUUGCAAGUCGAAAGGCAGUACCAAGAGGCCAAUGCCAAAUUAACAAAACUAUACCAAAUUGACGGUGACCGACAGAGUAGUUCAGCUGCCGAAGGUGGUGCCUUGGAAUCGAAGACUCGUAUCCAACUGUUAACAAAAGCACUCAAAAAAUAUCAGGCUAUUAAUGUCGAUUUGGACCAAUAUAAACCGCAUAAUGAUGACAUAAUGGCCACACAGCCGAAGUUUCGAAGAAAACAGUUGACAGGAGAACUGAGUAUUGGGAUUACGGCCAUCAGAGAUGUUGAUCAUAUUCAAUCGCCGAUGUUCUCGAGAACGCCAGAGAGUUACAUAACUAUCAAGAUUGAUGACACUGUUAAGGCCAGGACGAGGCCUUCUAGAAAUGAUAGAUGGCAUGAGGAAUUUCAAAUUCAGGUUGGCAAAGGGAAUGAAGUCGAAAUUACGGUGUACGAUAAAGUCAAUGAUAUAAUGACACCUGUCGCUGUUAUGUGGCUAUUGCUAUCAGAUAUUGCAGAGGAGAUUCGUAAGAAAAAAGUUGGUAAAACAAGUGGUCAGCAAGGUUGGGUGGACGCAUCAAAAGUUAGAAGCUCCCAUUACGUUGAACCAAAUACUUCAGUGAUUGCUGCCCCCACCAUGGAAGAUAAAGCUUCCCCAUAUCCAAAUUCAGCCGGAGGGAGUAGUGACGAUAACAGCUCUUCAACAGACUACUCUAAUUCAGUAACAACAAAUUCAUGGUUUGUGUUAGAACCCGCAGGCCAGAUACUCCUAACUCUUGGCUUUCAUAAAUCUUCCCAGCCACAAAAAAAAUCAUUAGUGGGAGGAUUGCAUCGUCACGGUGCCAUUAUCAACAGACAGGAAGAGAUUUAUGAACAACAUGGUCACCAUUUUGUACAAAAAUCGUUUUACAACAUUAUGUGCUGUGCUUAUUGCGGUGAAUUUUUGAGGUAUACAGGCUUUCAAUGCCAAGAUUGUAAAUUUCUUUGUCACAAGAAAUGCUAUGAGAAGGUUGUCACAAAGUGUAUUGCCAAGACAACUACCGAUAUGGGACCCGAUGAGGCUAAGCUAAAUCAUCGUAUCCCUCACAGAUUCGAGCCUUAUUCAAAUAGAGGAACUAAAUGGUGUUGUCACUGUGGUUAUAUAUUGCCAUGGGGUAAAAACAAAGUGUGGAAGUGUUCUGAAUGUUCCAUUAUGUGUCAUAAAGAAUGUGCCCAUUUGGUUCCAGAUUUCUGUGGUAUGUCUAUGGAAAUGGCUAAUAAGAUUUUAAGAACUAUUGAGGAUACCAAAAAAAUUCAAGAGAAGAAGAAAAGACUACCUCCAAUCUCAUCGGUGGACUCUUCUGCCACGACUGCUGUUUCGAAAGUUAAUCCAUCAGUGCCAUCGCUAACUAAUACUACGUUAGGUGACCCCUCGCUGCAUGUGCAACAAGCAACCGCUAAACGAGGCAGUUUUUACGAACCUUCUGAUAAUAUAGACAGUAGUCCUUAUUAUGACGGAGACACUACUCGACCCAAUACUCAAGCAGAUUCACAUGAAAAGCUGCACAAAUAUAUCAAUGAAAAUGAGACCUACCUGAAUUUCACUGAGAGCGCUCAGAAAAAUGUGCAGUCUUUGGAAUCUGCCGAAAUUGGAACACUGGAUCCUCUUGCACCAGGCAUUUCUCAGGCAGCGGAAGAACAGAUUGCCUCCAAACGCAAUAGUGUUUUAUAUACAAGACAAGACUUGGAAAAUUGGAAACUUCAUGAAAAAGCCUUACAUGAACAAUCACGGAGACGUGAAAGUAAAGACCAAAAUAAUUUAGAAAUUAACAGACCUGAAACAUUCCUGACAAAAGAAGAAAUUGAACCGGUUAUUCAAAAUCCAGCGUCCCUUGAUGUAGCACAAAGUCUCGAAGGCACGCAAGAUUUUGAAAAAAGCCAUAUUAAUCCCUUCCGUGAUAUGAAUACUGAAACUUUUCAAUUGGAGCAGCAAAACCAAAUGGUGAGCGAAGCAGUGUCCGAUGGUACGUUGCUAACACAAACAGCGACGACAGUCUCUAAGGAAAGUAUUCAGAUAUCCCCCCGCAAAUCUCAAGGAGCAGGUAAGCAUAGGAAAAAAUCGCCCAAGCGCCGUAAAGUGUCAUUGGAUGAUUUCAUAUUAUUGAAGGUUUUGGGUAAGGGUAAUUUCGGUAAGGUUCUUCUCUCGAAAUCAAAAAAUACAGGGCAUUUGUGUGCAAUAAAGGUUUUGAAAAAAGAUCAUAUAAUCCAGAAUCAUGAUAUUGAAAGUGCUAGAGCGGAAAAAAAAGUAUUUUUAUUGGCGACGGAUGCCAAGCACCCAUUCCUGACGAAUUUGUACUGCUCAUUCCAAACAGAAAAUAGAAUUUAUUUUGCGAUGGAGUUCAUAGGGGGUGGCGAUUUGAUGUGGCAUGUUCAGAACCAAAGACUAUCCGUGAGACGAGCCAAAUUUUAUGCAGCUGAAGUAUUAUUGGCUCUUAAAUAUUUCCAUAGUAACGGUGUCAUUUACCGUGACUUGAAAUUGGAAAAUAUUUUAUUGACACCACAGGGUCAUAUAAAGAUAGCUGAUUAUGGUCUGUGCAAAGACGAAAUGUGGUAUGGCAGUACAACUUCUACUUUUUGUGGGACACCAGAAUUUAUGGCACCAGAGAUUUUGAAGGACCAAGCUUAUACGAAGGCAGUGGAUUGGUGGGCAUUCGGUGUAUUAUUGUAUCAAAUGCUCCUUUGUCAAUCACCAUUUUCAGGAGACGAUGAAGACGAAGUUUUCAAUGCCAUUCUUACAGAUGAACCACUAUAUCCAAUAGAUAUGGCAGGUGACAUUGUACAAAUAUUCCAAGGUCUUUUGACAAAAGAUCCAGAAAAACGUUUGGGAGCCGGUCCUCAAGACGCGUUGGAUGUCAUGAAAGAGCCGUUUUUCCGCAGCAUCAAUUUCGAUGACCUACUGAACUUACGUAUUCAACCGCCUUAUAUUCCGGAUAUUAAGUCUCCGGAAGACACAUCAUAUUUCGAGCAAGAGUUCACUGUCGCCGCACCGACCCUGACUCCUCUGUCUUCAGUGCUCGAAACAAGCCAGCAGGAGGAAUUUAGGGGAUUUUCUUUUAUGCCAGCCGAUCUGGAAUUGUAG